GCCUAAAUGGUCUUGCUCGUUCCUGAGGGGAAGCAGCAGCAGCAGCACAAAAGCGUCUGUCUGAGUGGGGACGUCGCCACAUCGACCCAACUGCGCUCCCCACGGCGGACAGCCGAGAGGGGCCCCAAUCCUCGGCUGAGGCGCCAACUUCCUCCCUCGGCGGUCGAGCCUCGUUCUAGCGGAGGCCGCUUCAGCCUCGCGAGGCGAGCGCACCGGCGAGACCCCUCAGGCCGCCGCCGCCCCUGUUCUGGCCGCUCUCCCUCAACUCCGGAGGCGGGAAUCUCUUCCACGAGCACUCCGCUCGCCUUUCCUCACGCCUCUUCCUCGUGCAGCCGGCUCCGCCUGACGACGCCCCAUUCGCGCCUCCUCUUUUGUGGGUUGGCGCACCUCGCCCGUCCCUCCUCCUCCUGCUCCUGCUCUCUCGGGCUGGGCUUUCCCCUGCACACAUGGCUCCUUCUGGUGUCUCCCACAGGUCGCUGCGGGAGACGGACUGGCAGCGAGACCAUGAGGCGCGCCUUCCUGAAGCUGUUCCAGUCCGGGCAGAGCAAGCAGGACACCUGCUACGAAGGGGUCGUGUGCGAAGCGGACGCCGCCUCGGUCGCCUCGCAGGAUGUGUUUAAGGUGAUCUCAGAUGGAAGUACCUGCAGACUACGAAGUUUCAUUAAGAAGAAUCGGGAUGGUCUUAAGAAACUGGAUGAGCUAAAUGCGACUCCAUUGCAUCAUGCUGCAGCAGGAGGUCAACUUGAGCUAAUGCAAAUGAUUAUAGAUGGUUCUUCAACUGAAGUGCUAAAUGUGACUGACUGCUCUGGAAACACACCACUGCAUUGGGCCACGAAAAAAUCCCAGAUUGGAAGUGUUAAAUUACUUCUCAGCAAAGGAGCUAACCCAAACAUUCUUAAUUCCAGUAUGAUGGCUCCACUUCACUUGGCUGUGCAGUGCCUUCACAAUGAAUUAGUUAAGAUUUUCGUCGAACACAGCGCUACAGAUGUGAACCUGGAAGGAGAGAGUGGGAACACGCCCAUAUUACUUGCAUGUUAUAAAGAUAAUACUGAAGCACUGAAACUUCUGAUAAAAAAUGGUGCUAAAAUAUGUAAAGCAAACAGUUUAGGAUGUAUGCCAGUCCAUGCAGCUGCAUUUUCUGGUGCAAAAACAUGCAUGGAGAUUAUCAUAAAGAAGGGUGAAGAAUUAGGCUAUUCCCCUAAAAAUCACAUCAAUUUUACUAAUAAUGGAAAGUGUAGUCCUCUUCAUCUGGCGGUUCAAAGUGGAGACUUAGAAAUGAUUAAAAUGUGCAUUGAAUAUGGAGCUCAAAUUGAUUUGAAGCAGAGUGACAAAUGCACAGCUCUUCAUUUUGCUGCCACCCAAGGAGCUACUGAAAUUCUUAAACUGAUGAUGUCAUCUUAUGCAGGCGAUGAACCUAUUGUUGACGCAUUAGAUGGAAAUAAGGAAACAUUGCUUCACAGGGCUGCAUUGUUUGAUCACUAUGACUUGGCAGAAUAUCUGAUAUCAAUGGGAGCAAAAAUCGAUAGUGUUGACGUUGAAGGCCGAACUCCACUACUACUUGCUACUUAUUGUGCAUCAUGGAAAAUUGUGAAUUUAUUACUAUCAAAAGGAGCAAAUGUAGAAUUAAAAGAUCAUCUUGGUCGUAAUUUUUUGCAUCUAACAGUUCUACAUCCUGGAGGAUUAAAACAUCUGAAUGAACAGUUUUUGAAGAUGAAGCAUAUUAAAGAUCUCAUAACGGAUGAAGAUAACGAAGGGUGCACUCCUCUACAUUAUGCAUGCAGGCAGGGGGUUCCCCUUUCAGUGAACAGCCUCCUCGAACUGAACGUUUCCAUCUGUUGUAAAAGCCGAGAUAAGAAAUCUCCUUUGCAUUUUGCAGCUAGCUAUGGGCGUAUCAACACCUGUCAACGACUCCUCCGUGAUAUGGUAGAUACCAGGCUCUUGAACGAAGGAGAUAAGAAAGGGAUGACUCCCCUGCACUUGGCUGCUCAGAAUGGUCAUGAGAAGGUAGUGCAGUUUCUCUUGAAGAAAGGUGCCCUCUUUCUCUGUGAUUAUAAAGGCUGGACAGCUUUGCACCAUGCUGCAUUUGGAGGGUAUACUCGCACAAUGCAGAUAAUUUUGAAUACUAAUGUGAAGUGCACAGAUAAAGUGGAUGAAGAAGGGAACACGGCCCUCCAUCUUGCUGCCAGAGAAGGCCAUGCCAAAGCCGUUAGACUGCUUCUUGAUGACAGUGCCAAAGUACUCUUGAACAAAAACGAGGCUUCUUUUCUUCACGAAGCCAUACACAAUGGGCGGAAAGAUGUCGUAAACACUGUCAUCUUACAUAAAAGAUGGGAAGAGACUGUUGUAACAUUUUCUCACCAUUCAAGUACAAAUAAAUGUCCUCUAAUAGAGAUGGUUGAAUAUCUUCCUGAAUGUUUGAAAUUAGUUUUAGACAAUUGCAUCACUGAAUCAUCAGACGACAAGGCAUCCAAAGACUUCUGUGUUGAAUAUAACUUCAGAUAUCUUCAGUGCCCACUGAAGCUUACCAAGAAAUUAAAAGAAGAUGAUGAUAUUGUGUAUGAGCCACUUAUCACUCUUAAUGCCAUGGUCCGUCAUAAUCGUGUUGAACUGCUCAGCCAUCCUGUCUGUACAGAAUAUUUACUCAUGAAAUGGAUGGCCUAUGGGUUUCGAGCACAUCUCAUGAAUCUAGCUGUGUAUUGUCUUGGCUUAAUGCCUCUAACGCUCCUGAUCAUCCACAUAGAACCAGAGGGGUCUUCCAACAGAACUGUUAAAGCAGGGCCUUUUGAGAAUAAGAGAUCAUACUUCACAAAAGUGUGCAUGUGUUUAGUUUUUAUCAUGAGCUUAUUUGGGAUCUGCAAAGAAAUAAUACAACUCUUCCAACAGAAACUUAAGUAUCUCUUGGAUUAUUCGAAUCUCCUCGACUGGACAAUAUAUACUACAAACAUCAUUUUUGUAUCAUCUUUAUUUAUUCAACUUCCAGUUCGUUUGCAGUGGGAGUGUGGUGCAAUUGCUAUAUUCUUGUCUUGGAUGAAUUUCUUGCUAUAUCUGCAAAGAUUUGAGAAUUAUGGAAUAUACGUUGUGAUGUUUUGGGAAAUUUUGAGGACGUUGAUCCGGAUCAUCAUUGUCUUCUUCUUCUUGAUGUUAGCCUUUGGGCUCAGCUUCCAUGUUCUUCUCGGUUCACAGGAAACAUAUGGCACUCCAUAUCUUUCUGUAAUGCAGACAUUUGCCAUGAUGCUAGGAGAUAUCAAUUAUCGUGAAGCUUUCCUUGAACCAAUGCUUUCCGAUCAUCUGCCAUAUCCGUUCCUGAGUUUUGCAAUGCUUGUUAUCUUCUCUCUCCUUAUUCCAAUCCUUCUUAUGAACUUGUUGAUUGGCUUGGCUGUUGGUGACAUUGCAGAGGUACAGAAAUUUGCAGCACUGAAAAGAAUAGCAAUGCAGGUCAGUCUUCACACAAAUUUGGAGAAGAAACUGCCAUACUGGUUUCUCAGCAGAGUUGACCAGGAUUCAAUCACUGUGUAUCCUAAUAGGCCAAGAUAUUGUGGAUUUAUGAGUGUGUUUCAAUAUUGCUUUGGCUGUAAUGAUAUAGCAGCAAAUACACAGAAUGCUGACACAUCUUUGGAACUAGAAGUAUUGAAACAGAAGUACAGGCUUAAAGAUAUUGCAGCACUUAUGGAGAAACAGCAUGACCUCCUUAAACUGGUUGUUCAAAAAAUGGAAAUCAUAUCUGAGGCUGAGGAUGAAGACACAAACGAUCUAUUCCAGCACAAAUUUAGGAAGAAGCAGUUGGAACAUAAAAACAGUAAAUGGGAUACAGUAUUAAAGGCAGUGAAAUGCAAACCUCCCGAGAUCUAGAACAGCCCCCAGCAGCAGCUGAGGGAGGUGGAUUUCAGGCAGAAAUCAUUCAUCACAUGUGAGGCAAGGAAGAGAGGAGAUGAAAGUUUGCCCUAUACCCAAACCAUCCAGAUGUAGCAGUGAGGGUAUCCUGGGCAGCACUAUGCAAAUGUAUAGUUGCUGACUAGCAGACCCCGUAGUCUUCUCUGUUUUAAUCAUCCUAACUAGUCAGCAACUGCUUGCUUGCAGGAUGCUGUCCCUACCUCACAGUUUCUCUGUGAUGGCUUUUGCUAAGAGUGAGCUUAGCACUAUUCAAGCAUACUUGCUUGCACUUCAUUGUCUAAAAUACUCCCUUCCCUCCUGGCUGCCUUCUGUUGGCUGUGUUUGAAAACUGGCUAUCCCUUCCUACUUAUCAGAGGCUGCUGGUUCCUGCCAGAAAACCACUUCACUAGCUACCUCUGGCUGUAGCGAAAACUCUGUUUGAACGUUGUUAUACUUCAUGUCUAUAUAUUUCUGCCUCAGCUAUUGCUAAAGAUAGGGCCUCUUCUUCUCCAGUUGCAUGGUUAUAAUAAUACUAAUGGAGUUUGCAUAAUGUAAAGAGAGAUGUUCUCGGCCAGAGAGUGUGUUCAAUACCUCUUAACUCUUUAUCUUAUCACAUGUAGCGUGAAUACAAACAAAGAGGAUAAGCAAUGAUUUAAUGUAGCAAAUAGCUGGUUCAUAGAAUACUCAGUCAGCACAAGUCCCAGUUAAAUCACUGGGGCAUCUCAAAGUAUACCUGUAAGAAGUAUAUGAAUAGGAAGUACAGUUGACUUGCAACUUGUGUAAUUGCAGCUUUACAUAUUUGGUAGCCUGCCGUAAUCACACAGAUAUAAUGCAUGCAAGGCGGAGAGCUUAAAAAAAUAUUUCCACACCAGGUUUUCCUGCAGUGGAGAGCUUUUAAGCUCUCAGACUUAUUUACUGUCUCUUGGUAGCUCUUGUGUAUGAUCUGGGAAGGUCUCGCAAGAUAUUGUAAACUGCCUUGUGUAUAAAGGUAAAGGUAAAGGGACCCCUGACCAUUAGGUCCAGUCGUGACCAGAAAGGCAGCUUACAAAUUAAAAGUGAAAUGAAAUCUCGCAAAUGUCUCCAGAGUCAGUUAAGCAAGACAGAGAGUUUGUUACAUAUGUAACAGAGCACAGAACAAGGUAGUACAUUCCUUCAGUAUCCCUUCCUCAAAGCACUGUGAUUGAAGAGCUCCAACCAGCCUUUCUCAACCUGUGGGUCCCCAGAUGUUGUUGAACUACAAUUCCCAUCACCCCUAGCUAGCAAGGCCAGAGCUCACGGAUGAUGGGAGUUGUAGUCCAACAACAUCUGGGGACCCACAGGUUGAGAACCGCUGAUUCCAGCCAGUCACAAAAUAGAACUCCAACCUGCCUUCCUAUGCUGGCAUCAUCUGUUUUUUUCCAAGCAGGAGAUGGAAUUCAUCAAUUUUUGCAGACACAACGUCUGCAGGUGGUUUUAUUUUUAGAAUAUCAGAACCUCUUAAUUUCCUUAUAUAGUUUCAGAAGUGGUUUAGAGAGAUGCUGCUUCAGCUCAAACAAGCCCCAAAUCUGUACAAAGCAGCCUCCUCAGUACAUAGCUCAGAAUUCAUCCAGAUCUAAUGCCCAUUCCUAUGCAUACACUUGGAUUUAUUGUAUAUUGAUUUAAAUUUGUGUAUGACCCAGUUGCUCCUUUUCACUCUCACUUCUGUCCAUGGGAUAGUCAAACCCUCUGCUUAGCUCUCAAUCCAUUGGACUUUAAGGGUGGAAUCCUGUGAACACUUACGCAUAAGUAAGCCCCACUGAAAUGGGAGAGUGUGACAAAGUAUGAACUUCUGAAAUAGAAGUGCUACUUUAGGAAGGCAUAUUUUUGUUCUCUGUCAUUUCUGGCAGCCCCAGUCAUUUCAUUUUCUAUUCAUUAUAGCCUCAUUCAUUUUUCUUUACUAAGUUAAUCACGGUGGAUUCCUAGUUUGUCUCCCAAAGCGUUUAGUGUUUUCCAUUCCAAAUGCUAUGAAAUAUUCAGGUGUAGUAAGGCCGUCAGCCCUGUCAUGAUUCGGACAGAUUGGAUAAAUGGUUCCCCAUUUCACAAGCAAUUAAAAAGGGUUGUUGUCUUCAGCAUGGAGGACUUUAUUCUUCAGAUUGGACAGUUUUCAUGUACUUAGUGCACAAUACCUUCUCCCUUCCCUGUACACAGUUCUCUCAAUGUUUCAGUUUUCUAAACAAUGGGAUGUUUCAGAACUGUGACUUGUGAGAAAUGAUUGAAAGCACAGUAAUAUUAAUGAAUGGGAGAAACUAAUCAAAAGGAUUUUCAUUUAUUUGUCCCAUCUGUUUCUAUUUUUCAGUCAUUUCUCGUGAUACUUGGAAACUAAUGGGGCUCAUUCAUUUGUUUUUGCAUUUGUUUUUGGGGGAAUUGCACCCCUAGUUAAAAUGACUAAAUACAUAUUUACCUGUGGGACACAAUAACAUAGAAACAGAACACUGAAGUACAAAGGAAUAUGGCAUUAUAUUGGGGCAUGUAUUUGCUUCAUUAACAAUCUAAUGCAGCUUGCUUAAAUCUCACUUGUUUUAUCUUAAGCACAGGCUCUGCUGUAUCACAAUUACAUGAUGUAACCUAUUAAGCAUGGGCUAAAAUAAUAUGUCAGUCUGUGUUGCUAUUAACCAUUGUUGAAACUGUGUAGCAUUCUUCCUUUUCCAUAAAGAUCUCAAUAAAACUGUCUUUGCCUACGCCUAACAACUGUCAUUCAUUCAUUCCCUUUUGUGAUUACAUAUGUGAUUUGUUAUAGCAUUUAUAGAUUGCAUUAUUUCUUCUCUAUGUGGAAAUGAUUGCUAGAUAGAUAUAGAUGGAUAUCUUAAAUAGCACAGCUCUGCUCUCUUUAAAAGUGUAAGGAAAUUUCUGUUCGACUUUCAGAAAUUCACAUGGAGGGUGGCUCUUUCGAAGUGACCAAAGGUCAAACUCUGCC